CUUCCAUCUCCUGGCUUCCAGGAUUUCACUGACUUCGACGGCGGUUGAAGUUGCUCCAGCCUCUGACGGCAUCUUUCUAUGCAUGUUUCAACUCAUCAACUUCCCUGUUUACCGUUAAGGUCUUCCAGCCGGAGACAGCAAGGAAAUCAUGCAAAGCCAUGAUUGGUUCAGUGUAGUGAAAUGCUAGAUCCAGAUUUUUAUGAUUGCAAGAUAAGUUAGUUCAUUGGAACCAUGUAUAUAGAUAGAAGGGCAUUCUCGGCCUCAAUUCCCACAUCCCCAUCCUCGCUAUGAGCAAAUCGCUAUCAUACAUUCAGCCACCCAGCUGAAAUCCCCGCCUCUGCUGCACGGCUCUUUCCCGGCACCCAUCAGGGAAUCACACAUCAUGCACAGAUGCUCGGUCCAGAGCACUAAGUAGCCUGAUAAUUUCUGAAUCUGUUGGACGCAUGAUGCUUGCCGCGUCUUUGCGUUGGAAUUUAUCCGUAGAAAUUGCUCUACACUUAUUUCUACGCCAUGCAGCGGGCAGGGCAUGGUACAUACACCAACAUGGAAAUGUCCGGUGUUUGAUGAGGGGUGGUUUCUUCUGGGUUAGUUUAGAAGGGUACGGGAAGGAGAGUAACACAUUUUUUUCCAUUUCCUUUCCAUGUCCGUCCAUUUCUUUUCCAUUUCUUUUCCUUUCUUUUCCUUUCUUUUAUUUCGUUCCCCCGUCGUUGCCUGGGUCAGGAAUUUGAAGGGUGUGAGGGUUAUGAAGGACACAUCACGGAGACGUCACUGUGAAUCAACAGAGACUUAAACCGAAGACCAGACGCAUUGCAACAGUGGCGUUCAUUGCAUGGUGCAACAACAAGACCCGACCGUUCCCUAGCUCACAAACCAGGGAGGAAGACAUUUUAUUAGUGGAGGGCUAAGCUCGAGGUUAUCAGAGACUUUUUAUGUUCAUUCUGUCCCGUUAUUCGUAUUCCGGCAGCCAUGGAGUGCAUCCCGUGCAACCAGCGAUUUAAGAAUGAAACGGCUCUCGAGAAGCAUAUUAAAUACUCCCCAGCCCAUGCUCUGAAGUACGACUGUAGCAGCUGCAGCCGAUCAUUCUCCAGUCAAAAUGCCCUUGGACAGCACAUCCGAGACUCUCAUCCUCUGAGAUACACCUGCAACACCUGCAGCCGAGCAUUCAAAACUGAGAAUGGCCUUGAACAGCACAUCGAAGACUGUCAUCCUCUGAAGUAUGAUUGCAACAGCUGCAACCGAUCAUUCUACAGCGAAAACGCCCUGGCACAGCAUAUCCGGGAUGCCCCAGCUCACAAUCCGAAGGGCAACAACAAAUCGUUCAAAAAUAAAGCAGCUCAAAAGCAGCGUAUCCAAAACUCCCCAGCUGAUGCUCAAUCGUACAACCAAAGAUGGUCCAUGUAUCCAACGCACCACGAGCAUGUAUCAAGCUUGCUGGAAGAGGAGUACCUCCAUUUCGACUUCCACAACGAUGACAACGCCGAAGGCUGCAUCAGAGAGCACGACACAAAUAUCAUGGGCCGAUUCACCUGCCACAAUGACUCGUGCGGCACGGACGGGUGGUCAAGUAGACAAAUAGCCAUCACCAUACGCAAGUACCCUGGGAACAAAUACAAUGCGAGGGUAUAUCAUCAACGCUGUCGGCGCUGCGAUUCUCUCAGCAGACCUGUUCUUGACGAGUCCUAUGCAGAAAGAGUGGCGUAUCGUAUCAAGAAAUGGGAUGGUAUUUUUAUGGGUGCCCCUCCUCCUUAUUCGUUUGAAAAAAACGGUCCUCACCACAAUGAUCUGUGUGAGGGAUGCAAGGAUGGUCAUUGCAACAACACAUUGUCAUCGUGGAAUUCCUUUAAUUAGGCGAAUGAAGUUCGGUCCAGUGGUGUGCUUUGUUAUUUUUUCCUGCUGGACUUUAGUAUUUACUUCUGCGGUCAUGAUAAAUACCACCAGGUGUAAAAAUUCUCGUGGCGGCGCUGAGAUCGUUGUUUCUUGAUUCUGCCAUUUUGGACAGAUAAGCCAUAAUGUUUCGUCGAAAAUGUUCGUGUUGUCGAUGUACAGUACAUACAUAGUUACAUCUUUUCGAGCUAAGAAGUUCGGGCUAGAUUUGCGUCGAUUCCAUUCACCCGCAAAAUCGCAUUUAGAUAACCGCUGUUGUGGACAGCUCAAGGGAUUCCCUACUCAGAGAAGCAAUUGGUUCAGAACACAUAUCGAAAGCUGAGUCUCUGUGUCACAUAGCUCUGUGGGUUGCGAUUUGAAGCACAACGUCCGGAUGUUUGGUCAGGUCUCUCCCAUGAAUGUGUGUGGUGUAGCUAGAUAAAGAAAGCAGCCAAAUGGUUAUUGGACAUGACUUCCUUGAUGCUUGAGAACAAUAGUAGUUAUAACGUCUUCUACGGCUCAUGGUCCCUCAUGUAAAUAUUGUGAAUGAGCUUGGUUAUGUUUGAAAAAACAAGUGACCAAUUGAAAACAUUGUAAGUGGAGUUCAGCACAGCCUAAAUCUCUGCAUAACUUCAUGAUGACCUCUUUCUCUUGAGUGUUGUCAACGAGAAUGUACUACUAAUUUCUAGUAGUCUUCUACACUUCAUAAUGCAGAGGAUAUGAUACCCUUCUCUUCAUGCAUAUGAAGUGAUUCCGUACACCAAGUAUCUUUCUUAUAUUUCCCUUAUUGCUCACAUUACCAGAUCUGAUCUCUCUCAAACUACUGCUCUUCGAGCAUUUUCCCUUUCGAGACAGAAACUAUAAGAUACGCCUUUAACUUUCAUCUAUUCCCACCAACAAUUGCUGAAUUUGAUUAACUAGUAGGUGGAA